AUGCAUACAAAUACAGUGGAAGAGGAUGGAUACUCUAAUUUAAAUCACCUGCCACAACAUCCAGCCAGACACUACAUGUCCCUGAACAUCAACCAAGGGCGCUUUCUUCCCUUUGCUGUAUGGUGGCCAGCUAUCUUCACUUUGUUUGCGCUGUGCCUGGCCCUCACCAUAGGAACGAUCAUCCUAGGUCUCAGAGGUUCUACGGCUUCUGUAGAACAUACUGAAAACUUGCAAGGACUAAAGGAGAGAUUGUGCUUGACAGGCAACGGAAACAGUAAGUACGAUAAUGCAUGUGUUGUGUGCCCUGUAAACUGGAAAUGGGUUGGAGGCGACACAUGUUUCUACUUUUCAGAAAAGGAAGCCACAUGGCAGGAAAGUGAAGAGUUUUGCUUCUCCAAAAAUGCCACCCUUCUUAUGCUGAAAAACAAAAGCAAGUUGGUAUGCAUAUCUCAAAUAUCACAAAAACGAUCUUACUGGAUUGGAUUAUCAUACGGAGUUGAUGGUUGGUCUUGGAUAGAUGAUAUGAAACUUUCUACAAAGAGAAUGGACUGGAUUGAUUUGUCCUCUAAGCAAAACUGUGCUUACCUGUCUUAUCGCAAGUCAAGAGUUUACAGUGAGAAUUGUGAUGAGAAAUAUCCCUGGAUCUGUGAGAAGGCAUCAGUCCAACUGACCUAA